AUGAUUGUAUCUGAUAAUGGAACACAAUUUGUGUCCAGUGAAUAUAGAAAAUUCUGCGAAAUGUUUACGAUAGAACAUGAAACGAUAGUACCUUACUGUUCCAGAUCAAAUGGACAGGUAGAGUAUUUUGUGGAUACUUUUAAAAGAGUUUUGAGAAAAGCAAACAAGGAAGCCACCGACGAAGUCACUCUACAGCAAUUCCUAAGGGUAUACAGGGUGACACUGAACCCCAAUACACCAGCAGGAAGUUCACCAACAGAACUGAUGUUUGUGAGGAAGGUGAAAUCAGUUUUUGAUAAACUGUUACCUGGCAAGGAAAGAAAAUGUACCAGAAAAGACAAUCCAAAAUUCUUCAGAAGAGGUCGUAUAAAACUGGAAAACAGUACUUGGAAGAAGGAAAAAUCACAAAGUAUAUAG